AUCUGGGGUCUGCCGGGUACUGACAAAAAUUCUUCCCUUUCUCGCCCUGCUUGGAACCUCUUUGUUGUGGUUUUGAAGUGUUCAAAUGGUAAAAUAUUAAGAGAGGACAGAUUCCCACCACUGGAUCCGCUUCAAACGUUUGUCCUGGAACAGAGUGAGGAGAAUAGGGGGAGGAGGAGGAAGAAGGAGGACAGCAGCAGAUUUUCUCCUCUGCUGGAGUUUCUUUAGUGGUAGAAUGGGGGCUGGAGCUUUGGCCAUCUGUCACAGCACGACAGCCGUGCAGGUCCGAGAGGACAUGAAGAAGAUGGUGCAGAUCCCCAUCCUGAGAUCCAGAGCCGUGGCAGCCGGACACACCAGGCUUUUUGGAGCGUCCUUGUUUGAGCUCCAUGAGCAGGGCCUGCUGGAGGAUGGGGUGCCUCAUGUGCUGCGGAGGAUGGUGGAGCAUCUUCGCUUGCAUGCUCUGCAUCAAGAGGGUCUGUUCAGAGUAAACGGGAACGCUCGUGAGGUGGAGACGUUGAAACUGCGUCUGGAGAAGGGCGACAGUGUGGACUUGCUGACUGAAUCCGACCUGUGCACUGUGGCCAGUUUGCUCAAAUGCUACCUCAGAGAGCUGCCUGGAGGCCUGGUGGACUCAACAGUGCAGCAGCAGCUAAUACGACACUAUGAAGAAUGUGGAGAUGAUGGUUCCUGGUCGGUUCUGAGAGAUCUGCUCCAGCAGUUGCCAGAUGUUCACCACAGCCUCCUGCGUUACCUCUGCCACUUCCUGACGCUCGUGGAGAGAAACCACGAAGAAAACCGCAUGACUGCGCUCAACUUGGCCACCGUGUUCGGACCCAGUGUCUUUCACGUUACAGCUCCUGGCUGUCAAGCAGUGACGGAUCAAAGUAUCUGCAACAAGAUCAUGAGCAAACUCAUCCAGAACUACAGCCGCAUCUUUGAGACAGACGCUGAUCCGGAGGGACGGCCGAGGCUCAUAACCGUCAAGUCUAAGAAGUCUAACUUAGCAGAUGCAGACACAACGAAGUCAUCCUGCCAUCUCGAUGCAAACACAUCACUUCCAGAAAUACAGACUAGACGACAAUGUUCACCAGAAAACACUGAGCUUGUGAGCUCCUCUUCCUCGAACACCACGAAGACAAAGACAAGGCAAAUGAAGGUUAGGAAAAGAAGAAAUGACAGCCUGAUUCAAGAGGUCCGUCAGCCCAGCCCGUCUGCUGAAAUGCCCCGUCCUGGGUCUUUCUCCAUACCGAUCGUGUUGCCCCUGACCUCAGAGCUUGGGAGUCCGAGCCCAGAGGUGAUGGACACGACACCUCGACAAGACGCUUCACAGUCCACCUCCGCCUCGCGUGACGUCGACGUCAGCGGCUCAGAGGGCCUCGGCAGCUCACGACAUGAAGAAAGGCCAAUGUCCCCUUUCUACAUGAGUAACCACCUCUCACCAGUCCACUGCAGGCCAGAUGUUGUGAAUUUUCUGGAUCAGACCAUUAGCUCAGCAGUGGAGCAGCACCUCUUUGAAGUAAACCCUUUAGUAGAUCAACUUUCAGAGGCCAGUAAGUUGACCACAGGUCCCUCAAGAGUGACGCUAACGGUGCGACAGAGACGUCGGCACCAGCGAGAGCAGCAGGAGGAGGGCUUAAGACCCAGAAACAGAGCCGCCGCCUCCAUCAGGGCGGACGCCAACAAGGAGAACGUAUCGUCGAGCGGAGGCUGCAGCCCGGGCAGCUUGGGGGAGGAAACGAGCCGCCGGGUGGACUCGAGGGGCGAACAGGACUGUCCUGCUGAGCAGACCUCCAAACCCAGGAAAUCAAAACACAACCCAACACUAGUGGCGCUCCCUGACAGCCAGGCCGCCCACACACUCAAAGAAUGUGUUGCUGAAAGCUCUGCUGAAAACCACAUGGAUCCGCAUCUCAAAGGGAAGGAGAGUUCCAGAAAAGCUGGCCUCAGAUCUGCUUCACAGACGCUGAGGAUGAAGAUCCAGGAGUCGCCCGUGGCCUGUGACCCGGCGGGGAGGAUCGGGGGCGGGGAGGUGCGCGUCUCCGAGCCGGACUGCGAGGACGUCCCCCGGCUGGACCUGACCUCUCUGACCGAGGACAGCGGCAGCUGGGGAGAGCGCAAGCUGAUAAAGUCCGAGGAAGACCUGCCGCCUCAGACCCGCCAGCGCAGCAACACCCUCCCCAAGAGCUUCGGCUCUCAGCUGGACAAGAAGCCUCAGCAGGAGAAGGCGCCGAAGCCUCCGGUGGAAAACACCCUGGAGUCCAUCAUAAAGAAGCUGCAGGAGAAGAGGGAGGAGGUGAACCGCCCCGAGGACAUCAAGGAUAUGACGCGGGAGCAAAUCGGAGCCGAGAAAGUGGCCCUGCAGAAAGCUCUCCUCCACUAUGAGAGCAUCCAAGGCCGACCUGUGACCAAAAACGAGAGACAAGUCAUGAAGCCGCUGUACGACCGAUAUCGCCUGGUGAAGCAGAUCCUGUGCAGAGCCACCAGCAUCCCCGUCAUAGGCUCCCCCUCCAGCAAGCGCAGAGGCCCCCUCCUUCAGCCCAUUAUCGAGGGUGAAACCGCACUUUUCUUCGACGAUAUCAAGGAGGAGGAAGACGGCUCAGAGGACGACAGCGACACAAAGACUCAGGUCAACGUGAGCGUCAGGCCCGAGUUCGGCGUGUUCAGCUUCAUGGACCCCAUGGACGAGGAAGUGGACGGCUUCAUUUCGCCCGUGGACGAGCUUUCGCCCUCCAAAACCUCAGCGGACAUGGGCCUGUCCAACCUGCACUCAGCCUCCACGGAGGAACUUGUGGAGCAGCUUCAGGAGACGAGAGAGGAGAAGAAGAGGAUCCGCAAGAACCUGAAGGAGUUCGAGGACCAGUUCUUCAGACAAAACGGGAGAACCGUCCAGAAGGAGGACCGCUCCCCGCUGGCGGACGAGUACCACGAAUACAAACACGUCAAAGCCAAGCUGCGACUGCUGGAGGUGCUCAUCAGCAAAAGAGACGCCACUAAGUUCAUAUGAGACUUAAAAAAAAACAACACAACGGGACAAUAAAGUCAAACACAUCUCACCCUGCUGGAAGAAACUGGGAUCAACAUGCUGCUCUGGGAUCGUCUAAUCUGUCCAUCACCGUGAGGGUGGGGGGUCAGAGUCAGAACCACACCUGCUUCACACGAGAACUGCCGGACCUCACCUCCAAAACUGGACGUUUGUCCAGACGAAGUCACAGACGCACAAAUAUUGUAAAUCUCCCUAAUUAUUAUGCUGAUAAUUUAUUUUACCAAUUUUUAAUGUAAGAGUGUUUCUCUUCUGUAGACACGAAAAAACUAGUGAAAACGACUAGACGUAAUUUCUUUUUUACAGAAUUUGUGAAGAAGAAGUGUAUUUAUGUGUAUUUUUCUAAGGGAGAUGUCACUGUUUGACAGAUUUCACUUAGUGGAUGAUGUUUAUUUCAGCUUCAACCAUCUUGUUCCGUCUGAAAUGAUCUUUUUGCUUCUUUAGAAGUUCAAAUAAAAACUUUCACUACAGCCCAAAGACAGCAGCUCAGCGCAACUGAAUCAGUCGAGCAGCUUGUUUCUAUGACCGUGUCGACAGUUGACUGUGUGUUCGUUGGCAUGCUUCGUGUUACCUUUUUAAUGUCAGAUAAGCUAAUCUUUAAAUCACUGCUAGAAGAAAAGCAGAGGACAGAAAAAAGAAGUGGGCUGCUUUAAAGUGAGGUGUUUGUUUUCCUGUAAAUAAGGAUCACUCAGUAUGUUUACAUUUCUUGUGAGCGAGUACUUUUUUUCCCCCCCCCCUUUUUCUCCAAAAUGGAUGAUUAUCUAUGAAUUUUGUUUUCACCUCACUUACAGAGAAGGAAAAAAAGAAAACACUGGUCAGGGUUCAUGGAUCUCGAGUGUGUACAUUUUAGUACAUAAAUCCUAUUUUGUAUAUAACAUGAAUUAAAUCGUAUUUUUAUGGA